AUGAGCGAUCAAGACUUGAGUGUGGGAGUGAGGAUGUUGGCGUCAGGGACAGGCGGAACGGUGUCCGUGAUGCUCAUGACACCGCUCGAAGUGAUAAAAACCCGACUGCAAGCUCAGCAGAAAGACACCCUCAUUCAGGAGCGCUUCAAAGGUGCGGUUCUCCGGCGAGCCUGUGAUGGUUGCGAUUGUGGAUGAUCUCUUCGAAUGACGUUUGGAUUCUCUCUAGGAACAUUCGACGCUUUGACCAAAAUCCCCAGACGAGAAGGUCUCACCUCUCUCUGGUCCGGUCUCAAGCCCACGUUGGCUAUGGUGAUCCCAUCCACAGUGAUCUAUUUCAGCACCUACGAUGUCAUCAAAUUCGAUCUUCAGACGCAGCGGCUCAGGAUGGAAUUUUCUCUGUCCGGAAUUCAGAAUUUCUCCCCGAGCGUCGCUGUCUUGGCGUCUGGUGCCAUAGCGCGCACGGUCACAGUAUUUGCGAUAUCUCCUCUCGAAUUGAUCCGGACAAAAAUGCAGUCCGAGGCGAUUUCAUCUGCAGACCUCACAAAACAGCUAAAAACGAUCAUCAAGACUCGAGGACUCAGCUCGCUGUACAUGGGUCUCGCCUCGACGCUCUAUCGGGACGUUUUCUUCAGUUGCAUCUAUUGGUCAUCGUACGAACUCUUGAAAAGGACGUUUUACGAGGAUAAACGGCCAACCUUAGGCUUCACCAUCGCUGCCGGUGCGACUGCAGGCUCCACCGCAGCUGUACUUACGCUGCCGUUCGACGUCAUCAAGACGCACAGACAAACGGAUCUCGGGACCAUCAGCGGUCGUGAACCGGAAUCCACAUUGAAAAUGCUUAGACGCCUUCAUCGGGUGUCAGGUACGAGAGCCCUCUUCGCGGGACUAACGCCGCGGCUUGCUAGAGUCGCUCCAUCUUGUGCGAUCGUGCUCUCGACGUAUGAAGGAUUCAAAACCUAUUUUCUGAGAAGGAAUACAUCACGAACUGAAGAGGGAGGAGUUCUGUCUGUGAAACCUCUAGAUCCCGCGUAGGAACUCGAUACGUUAUUCAAUCCCUCGCGGGCGAUCACAUCAGGACCAGACGAAGCAGCCCCGAUUUCCAAUCCAUCAUCGGAUCAAGUUAUUCAAGACAGACUCGAGUUCGACUCUGAGCGCGGCUGAGAAUUUUCCGAGCAGUAGAUCAUUCUUAUCUUAUGAGGUGUUUCGAGAGUCGAGAGCCUAUCCCUAAAUCGAAAGCAUGGGGAGGGAUUGAUUCCUGCCCGGUCGGUGAGAAGGGCGAAGAGUGAGACAAUCCGUGCUUCAAACCGAAGCCGACUAGAUGAGAAGAGGGACAUCUCCAAGCCGGAUAGGCACCGUCUCCAUGCAAUAUUUUCCAACACAAUGAUCUUCCGAGGAUUGUCAAUUGCGCAGACGCGGACGAAGUUAUUCCUUCUUCGAACUUAUACCGAGCAUAUGUAUGCCCGGUGUACGGGGAGCGAUGUCGGAAUCGAAUACCGAUCGGAGUAUGUUCUCGGUGGAAAACGGCGAGAUGAAAUCCACCUCCGACGACGACGUGCCCUGUG